AUGACCUCUCGAAUCGAGAAAACCAUUGCCCGGCAGCAAGAGAAGAUCGCCUCCGGAGCAUACUAUGAAUCCCACCAGCAGCUCCGUGUAAUCGCAGCACGGUAUAUAAAACAGUCCAACUACGAUGCAGCCGCAAAUAUACUAUCCGAGGGGGCGAAGGCACUGCUACAAGCUGGAGCUCAGCAGGGCGCAUCCGCAAGUGGUGGUGACCUAGCAAUCAUGCUAGUACUGGAAGUUUACAACAAGGCGGGGUGGGAGGUGGCCGAUGACGAAACCGGAAAAGAGAGAAAACAACGACUCGUUGAAUUACUUCAGGAAUUCCCACCGGAGGAGCCAACUAGAAAGAGAUAUAUAAACGAAAUUAUCUCGUGGAGCUCAAAAUUCGGGGACCUAGAAAGGGGCGACCCGGAGUUACAUCACGCUAUUGGAUCUGUCUAUGCACAAGACAAUGAACCAUAUGACGCCGAGAAACAUCUCGCUUUUGGGACUGUUGAAUCCGCCGAAACUCUCGCAAACCUAGAGUAUAAGUGGUACACAUAUGACGCACAGCACACAGCCGGAAUAUACUGCUGUCGUGCCGUCUUCCCGUAUCUUCUCACUGGUAACAUUCUCAACGCGAAUAAGGCUUUCCUAGUAUUUACCCGACUCCUAUCCACAUCGGAGUCUGGUAAAGCUCUUGGCGUACAGGAAGUAAGCAGUAAGCAGAAUGAUGUUCGUGUAUACCCAUCAUUACCUCUGCUUAACUUCACAAACCUACUCCUACUCGCUAUCCAGCGUGGUACUCCGGAUCUAUUCAGACAGCUUCUCAAGCAAUAUCAGUCACAUAUUCAAGAGGCUGGUGAGUGGGAUCAUGCUCUGGCCCACAUCGGAGAGUUAUAUUUCGGUAUAAAGAUACCGAAACAGUCAAACCCAUUGAUGGAUAUGAUGGGCAUGUUUUUUGGAGGGCCAUCCGGCCAGUCGAAAUCCACCCAGCAACCCAAGGCCUCUAAGAGGGUGGAGGCUCCCCCGUCACUUGACCUAGAUUAG